AGUUAUCAAUCGUUGGCUCGUCGGUUGCUUAUAAAUAAGCCUCCAAAGCUCCCUCAGCUUUGCAACAUCUACAAAUCUUUCUUUCCUUUGCUCAAAGCGCAUAUCUCGACGUUCUACUUAUUUUCUCCUACAGACGAUUCAUACAAAUUUACCAACAGAAGAGAUCGAUCUUAAAGAAAAACAUUGUCACGUUACUCACGUACAUGGCUUCUUUACAAGCUUCUAGUUGUCUAGUCUCUUCUUCUUCAAAGCAAAUCCAUGCUGCUAUGUCGGUCCCUAAGCUUCCAUCAAUCCGAUUUUCGGUUCCCAAAGUACCAACCCAAAAAUUGUCCGAGGAAUUGAAUACUAGGGAUGGGUUCAUGAACAAAAUCCCAGUUGUAAAGCUUGUCGAUAGGACACCAUUGGUUCAAGAAAGCUCAUCUGUUUCAAUGGCUACUGUUCAACUUUAUGCUAUCUUAGAGGCUGUUGUUGAUAGAGUGGAGAUGCACAAAAACAUCGGCGAACAACGAGAAAACUGGAACACCCUUCUCCUUAACUCCAUUAACAUGAUCACUCUUACUGCCGCAGCCAUGGCUGGUGUUACAGCAGCUGGCGGCGCUGGGGUUUCUGUUUUGGGUUUGAAGUUGGCAUCCACUCUCUUGUUCUCCGCAGCCACAGGAAUGUUGGCCUUGAUGAACAAGAUCCAACCCUCACAACUUGUCGAAGAGCAACGUAAUGCAACAAGACUGUUUAAGCAGCUUCAGAGCCAAAUACAAACCUUACUUGCUGUUGGUUCUCCAAGCAAAGAAGAGGUGAAAGAUGCUAUGGAGAAAGUUUUGGCCCUUGAUAAAGCUUACCCACUUCCCUUGAUAGGUGUAAUGCUUGAAAAAUUCCCAGAAAGUUUAGAGCCUGCUCUCUGGUGGCCUAAAAACCAGUUUCAAAAAACAAACAAAGAAAAGCACUUCAAUGGAAAGGCAGAGAGGAAUGGGUGGACUGAGGAGCUGGAAAUGGAAAUGAGAGAAGUGGUUGAGGUGAUUAAGAGAAAAGACAGUGAAGAUUAUGAAAGACUAGGCAACAAGGCAUUGAAGAUAAACAAAGUUUUAGCUAAAUCUGGGCCAUUACUAACUGGAAUUGCAGCUGUAUCAUCUAUCUUUAUGGCCAGUACUUCCAAUGGGACAUGGGCAGCAAUAGUAGCAGCUGUUGCAGGAGCUCUAGCUUCAGCUGUUAACACAUUUGAGCACGCUGGCCAAGUUGGUAUGGUGUUUGAGAUGUAUAGAAACAACGCCGGCUUCUUUAAACUUGUGCAGGAAUCAAUUGAAUCAACUCUGGAUGAAAGUGAGGUGGAGAAAAGAGAAAAUGGGGAGCUGUUUGAAAUGAAGGUGGCAUUGCAAUUGGGAAGAAGCUUGUCACAGCUGAGAGAUGUAGCCAAAAGAUCCAGUUAUUCUCGUAUAGAAGGAAGCCCCAUUGAUGAAUUUGCAAGCAAGCUGUUUUGAUCUUGGAAGAUUCAUGAUUAGAAAAUGUGCAUAUUACAAGGAUUAUUCUUUAAUUCUUUGAUUCAACCACUGAUAAUUUUUUGUAUAAUUUUGUAACAUUAUAUAUACAUAUACUUC